AUGGCCGGAGAAGGCGAAGCAGCCCAAGCUCCAAGAAACCGCUUGCUCGUCUCUGUAUCGGCCCUCAUAGCUCUCUGCGCCAAGCAGAUCAGCAGGGUUUCGAGGAAGUUUAGAACGGAGAUUAGCAGUCCAAGAACACCGCCCAAGUCGCCGUUAGCAACGCCGAAGCAGCUUCUCACGACUCUCAGCAACAAGGCGAUCACGUUCCGCCACAAGAAGAGAAUCAGUGAAGAAUCCGAAACCGGCGGUGGAGAGAAGGACGAAGGAUUCGGAGACGGUGGGCUGUGGCAGAAGACGAUCUUGAUGGGGGAGAAGUGUCAACCGCCGGAUUUCUCGGGUGUCAUCUAUUACGAUAGCAACGGGAAGCUGAUUAACGAAAUUCCGCUGAGAUCUCCGCGUGCAAGUCCUUUGCCGAGCUUUGCUUUUCCCGCGACCAAGGAUGCUUACUGA